AUGGGGGCAAAGCUGCUGCAUCGCGUGUUUUUGAAUCUAACUUUUCUCCCUCGGCCACUCCUCUUUAAUUUCCGUCAGCUCCUAGGAGUCUCAUGGCCUUUGCUCCUCACCGAUCUACGGGGCGCCUACUACCUUCGUGAAGACCGUGCGAAUACGACAUUCCAGGCUCCACCUCUCCCAAUGUCCAAUGUCCUGUUCUCAUGGUCCCUAAACAAGAUAUCACGCGUAGGCGUACGUGCUGUAACACUACCUGGCGACCGGGAGAAAUACCAGUCUUCUCCAAAGCCGUACUUUUUCAGGUUGAACGCAUGUUUCUCGCGAAAAUGGUAUCUCGACGUUUUUGGGUUCAUUGGUGAUUCUACUACUCCGCGUUUCACAUUUAUACACAGGCUCCAGCAGGGUCGUCGUAAAUCACGUAUCAGCCGUUUAAACGGCCACCAGCGUUGGUGCAACAUCAAAAGCGAGGGGCAUCCCUUUGUGUUGUCAUGGAUCCUGCUAGCGCCUCGGACCAUCUCUGAGAGUGCACGGCAACGACAAACUGUGCCCAGACUUGGGUCUCCCCUCGCUAAUUCUGGCGUAAACGCAACCCCUACGAGGGGUGAAAAAACUGCGAGGACCCUAAGGAGACCGGAGCAUCUUCAGAGCUUUAUGAAUCUUACGCGCUCGUACACUAUUCUUUAUACUGGCAUCGACCCUGGGAAUGUAUUUGUCAAUCACUUGAGUUGUCCCUCAGAAAGAUCUACAGAGGAUGUAAUCGGUUACUACUCGACGACAAUUUGGCAACCGGGAAAUAGCGAAAAGAAGGCGACUUUUUCACUACGUCUGUUCCUUUCCCCUGUUCUCAAAGAACAAUGGGGCCCCGUACCUAGUUUGAUGGCCGGUCCAGAGUUAUUGGUUUCGGGUGCGAUUCCCCCGAAUCCCCUUGCAGCCCUGUACUUUUCAAUUAUCCUAGAUUGGGAUCUAAUUGAGUUCGUGAUCCUCGCCGUCCCGAAGGUUCUACUGAUUAGCUAUUCUGUGGCCCUACCAUCCCUUACGCCGAUGGAGGAAAAUAGCUUACUGAACCGGCAAGCAUCACGAUCUUUCCCUGCCUUUGAUUUCCUGUGUAAAACGCAUGUGAACCUGCACCCUUUGUAUGAUCCUUUUUACGACCGUUAG